UUUGCUGUUUUAAACCAAUUAUGUUUGCCUUUAAUCGUGGCUUCUUGAAAACAAACGUCCGAGUGCUUUCGACUUAGCCGAUUAUCAGUCUUGCAGUAUUUAGACUUAAUUCUGCACUGACCUAUGCGUUGGACUAAGAACUAAAAAUAAUUGUGGAAACAGUUUUACUUAGGAAUCUCCCUAGAUCCGUGAAUACGUAUGCGUGUGUGUAUGCGGGGCAAUCUUAUUGUUGCGACCUAUUUUGAUAGUACUGUGCAUAGAAAUACAAAUAUAAUUUAUUACAUUCUAUUCGUCGAGUUCCUCACUGAAGGUAUGGCAGUGGUAUUGAAAGCUUCAUGACAAUAAGUACGAGAGGGAAUGAGCCGGCAUAGAACUCUGAUGCCAUCUUUUCUACACCUUCCUUCUCCAACCCAGUAGCUUGUUCGAAGAUGAAGAAACAGUUCUUCCGUGUGAAGCAGUUGGCUGAUCAGACCUUUUCUAGAGCUGGAAAAACAGAAGUGCUGUCAGACGAUUUAAUAGAAGCAGACCGAAGAGUAGACUACAUACGAACAGCAUGUCAGAAUACAGGGAAGAAACUGACCAACUGUUUCCCCUAUCAAGGGCAAGAGAUCGACAAAAGAGUCAAAAAGAUUCCAGAAUACAUCCUAGGAGCUGCAAUGCAAGAAAGUGGGACAGGUGAUAGUUGCCUUUUAGGAAAUAUUCUUCAACGGUGUGGUGAAGUCGAACAAGACCUGGCAAACUUGCUUGUCAGCUAUGAAGUGGGCGUUGAAAAGGCUGUGAUAGAACCUUUACAAAAUGUGAUAGAUGUCGAUAUUCCUAAUAUCAGCAAACACAAACGGAAUUUGGCAAAACUCACAUUGGACAUGGAUGCUGCAAAAACUAGGUAUCAAAACUCGGUGAAGCAUGCGAACACAAAUGCACGCUUAGAUUCCAUAAAGGAUGAAAUGGAAGAGGCUGAACUGAAAGUGGAACAGUGCCGUGAUGCUCUUGCAGCGGAGAUGUUCCAGUUCAUUUCAAGGGAGGCUGAAAUUGCUCAGAUGGUUGUUGAAUAUGCAAGGCACAAACGUGAUUUUCAUGAAAAGGCUCUCAAAUGUUUAGAGGACGUUAUACCAGCAUUAGAGGCUACUAUUCAGGAAAGUGACAUCAAGCCUGUGUACUCUCAGCCUCUAGAGGAGCACCUACGCAUCACACACCGGAAGAUAGCACUGCCUAUUGAGCUGUGUGUUUGUGCUCUGCUGGAGCUGGGUAUGGCAGAAGAGGGUCUUUUCAGGGUUGCUGCAGGUAUGUCAAAAGUCCGGCGCAUGAAGUUGAGCCUAGAUGCUGGUUUGAUGAAGCUGGAGACAGCGAUAGAAUAUGGUGACCCUCAUGUUGUCGCUGGUGCACUGAAGUGCUACCUGAGGGAACUCCCGGAGCCACUCAUGACGUACAAACUAUAUGAUGAGUGGAUUGCAGCCUCGAAAGUUCAGAACCAGGAGAUACGCUUACAAGAGCUGUGGAAAGUAGUCCAGAAACUUCCGACAGCAAAUUUUGACAAUUUACACUACCUCAUUAAGUUCCUUUCUCAUCUGUCACGCAAUCACGCUCUAAACAAGAUGACACCACAAAAUAUUGCAAUUGUUAUUGCUCCAAAUCUUAUGUGGGACAGUGAGACUGAUGCAAAUACUGUCGGAAUGAAUAUGAACUCGGCCAAUAUCCACAGCAGUGUAGUGGAUAGCUUGGUCACAUACGCUGAUUAUUUCUUCCCCGGAGAACUUGACUUCUACCAGACAUUUUCGAGGGAACCCACAGGUGGCGUAAAUGGUGGAAUGUCCCUGAGUGUAGGUAGUGGUGCUGUGUUCCAGAACAGCAUUCAGUCUUCUGCGUCUACAACUGCUACAGGGAUAACUUAUGGGCAUGUACGGAGCAGCAGUGGUGAAAGCCAAAAUAUCACCUUGGGUGAUAGCACAGGUGGCCUGAAACGGGCACAGUCUAGCAGCAGCCUGUCUGACCACAGCAGCCCACCUCAAGGGAGUCCGAAGCCAAUAACACGACGGAAGAAUAAACCUGCACCAAUACCACCAGCUGCUGUGAGUCGGGAGCACCCAGAAAAGCCACCACGACCAACUGUGGCACCACCACCAGUGGUUUCAACGCUGCCACGGCCAGCUAAGAAACCGUUGUUACCAGAACCACCUCCGCCACCACCGGCGACAACCGCCUCCAGGCGGAGCCUCGACCUAGAACAUGCAGCGCCAUUGGCGCAGCCCGAGGAGGUGACACCUCCGCCCGUGACGGAAGUGUCGCAGCCUCUGUCUGCUACUGGUGGAGGCCACACUACGACUGUCACUGUCACUGCAGGUAGCAUUGGUAAGGUUUCCAUCCUUUCGGAUCACCAGCUCCACCUGCAGCCACAUCUGCAGCACCAACAGCAGCAACAACAACAGAAGGUGACAGUGAAUUGCAGUGAUAGUAACAUGAGCACCCUCGACAGGAAGCACUUGCAGAGACCUGUCGCUGCCCCACGUACCUCUGUAGUCAGUGUAAAUACUUCUGUAGACUGUGUCCCUGGCACUGCAGAAUCACACACUUUGUUCUCAUCAUCACCACCCAAAUCCAUCUCAGAAACGGUGGGUGUAAAUAGUUCCACUUCGGCGGAUGGAAGUGUGACACUGAGAAAAGUGCCUGUAAGUGACAUUUGUGAAAAAUCAUCCAAACCGGUUGUGCCUGAACGACCUGCUUCCCUGUUGCGGCCACAUGCAGCUUCUUUCCGUGCUACUAAGCAUUCUGAUGGUGAUAUUUCUUCUGUCGAAAAAGCAAAUUCAGAAUCUUCAGAGCGCCCCAUGCUUGAACGUGCCCAUCUGUACUCAGUAGACAAGCAGCAAGUGUCUAUAAUACAAGUGGGAAGUGAAAGGUUGCCACAAGAGAGCCCAUUGUUUCGUGGUAGGACAUCGUCUCUAACAGAUAGAGAUCAGUGCCCAGAAAGGCCUCAAAGACCCUCAAAAACUGAGGAAGUUUAUAGCAACGUGGAGAAAGAAAACGGAGAAUCUGGUUAUCCCAGUACACUCUCGAAAGGAAAUGACGUCAGUCUCCACAGUGACCCAUCUGUGAGCUGUACUGAAUCGACAGUGAGUUCUCUCAAACCACCAACAAAGCCACCAAGACCUGGACCUCCACCUCCACAGCCACCACCUCGCAGAGACAGCAUAGAGAGCACAGAUCUUUGACAUUGAUUUCAAGAGCUUGCAGGAAGCUCAUCUGCCUUAUACCAAAUGAAGCAUUUGUAAGCAUCAAAAGCAUUUUUUACAUUCAUAAUGUAUUUGGGUAAUAUAAAAAAUAAAUGAAGCAAACCACAAAAAGAUCCAGCUUGAUAGCAAAGACUCAGGAACUUUGGUGCAGACCGUUGUUGUACCCUUCUGUUUCAUUGUAACUUGUAAAUUAGCUAUGUAACAUAUUGAACACAACUGAGGUUGGUUACUAUAGAAAACUGUACCCCAAAAGAAUGUUAAAAGAACUGUAUAUUUAUGAAUGUAAAGUAGUUCAAAUUUGUAGUUUCUUUGCAUAUAUACUGUGAUUAUAAUUUAAUAUCUUUUGUAAAAUACAUCCCUUUUUGUGGAUGUGUCCUAUGCAAUCUGACUGGAUAACAGUAUUUAUCCUAUAAAUACUGAAUGUGAUAUGUGCAAUUAUUGUCUUAUAUAAAUUUUAUUUUGUAUUAGUUUAAAGUUUCUUUUCUGACUCCCAUAGUGAUGGUAUUACACUGCAAGACUGUUUACACUAAUGAAUGUCAUUUAUAAUGAGUCAUUUUACACAUUGUUAAUUUAAUGUGUAUGGACAUUUGAUGGCUAUUUUAAAUUAAAUAUGGCAUUUUUGUAGGGAGUAGGUCAUUUUAGUCAUAUAACAAAUGACCCUUAUGUAAACAAUCUUAAAGAAGUCUAGAAAGGAAACUUUCAAUAAAUAUUUUUGUUAUGCAUUUAUUAGCAACUACAGGAGCUCAAAAAGUUUUGUUUGGAGUGGAAGCUUGUAAAUUUGUGUGUUUGUUUAUUAGAAAAAACUAAUUUGCUCAUAUUUCUUAUGUGUGGUUGAACAUACCCACCAAUAUCCUCCAUCCUAUCUGACUUCACUAAUUCCAAAGCUGCAGUUAACUUGACAGGCAAUGCUAAUUCCCAGUGCGUUCUUUUAGAAGUACAUUGUUAUAGAAUGUAGUAUUAUGAAAACUUAAAUUUAAAAUUUGGACUUUAGGUUCAUCUCAGGAGACUGUGUGCUUGCAUAGAAAAUGUGCUGCUCGUAUAUGGAAGUAAUAUCAUCAUUGCAACUCCAGAUAAUUGUGGAAAUGAGAUGUCACUUGUGAACUGGAAGAAGAGCCCAAAUAAAGUUCAUGCAACAUUUAUUAUUUCCUCAAAAUCCAAGAAAAUGUUGGACUGGCGCACACAUUCUACAUAAUUAUCUGAUUACAGUUCCUUUCUGCACAGAUAGUGGUACCUUGGACAACUGCAUGGUCCCCUUUGACCGUGCAGUACUGCACAAGGAUACCAGGUGCAAGGUAGGUUGAUGGAGUCAACCGAACUGACAAUCAACAUGGCCUCAUUAAAAGGUAGCUCUUGGUUGCAAGGUUGAAAUUAAGAAUGACCCUAUGAUGAAAUGAGUACUGAUAACUAUUCUCCAGAGACUGACAGUGGUAGUUGUUUUGUAGCAUAAAACACUUCGUUUCCAAGAAAGAACUGAUUAAUUUCACUGUUAAGAAACCAUCAGCUAUCUUUAAGGACCAUGUCUCUUAAUCCAUACUUCUUGAUACUGUUGACUGGUGACAUCUUACUUGAAGUACAAUGUGCAAAGAGUUUUAAAAUACCAUUCUACUUUGUUGUUGUAUCACAUUCAAUUUCACUUCAUUUAAUCAGUAUAAGAUAUGCAUCACUUUGUGUUCUGAUAUUAUGAAGUAGUGAGCCAAUCAGUUUCUGUAAACGGAAUAAUAUAUUCUGAAUAUACAUUUGAAAAUUUAAGAGUAGAAGUGGAAGAAAUUUCUUCUAAUUGAAACAAGUUUAAUUUACAGCUUCACCAUUGUAUAUGCCGCCUGAGCUUCUAUUUGUACGGAAAAAGUGCCUUUCCACUUUGCUAUUUUGUUCCUGUUGUUGAAAAAGUCAAGUAUAGCAUUUAAAGAAACAAUUCUUCUCUCUUUUUAUUGUCUAAAAUAGUACUAUGGCAAACUUUUUUAAAUAUGUUAUGUUCCUCUCUAAAUACUAAUGUAAGGACAAUAAGCUGUUUGCUGAAUACUCUGACAGUACUGUAUGUAAAAUGCCACACAUUUAUAAAUUCUCUGGAUUCCAUGUCACUUACAAGUAACUGUUUUAUGAUGGUUGUCCUUUGAUAUUGUUCUAGAAUAAAGAUGUGUGGUGUUAACA